ACCCCGCCCCAGCUCUCCCUCUCUCUUCUCCACUAUGGACAGAGCCUCCACUGAGCUGCUGCCUGCCCGCCACAUAUCCAGCUGACAUGGGCACCGCAGGAGCCAUGCAGCUGUGCUGGGUGAUCCUGGGCUUCCUCCUGUUCCGAGGCCACAGCUCCCAGCCCACAGCAACCCAGACCUCUAGCUCUCAGGGAGGCCUCGGCAGUCUAAGUCCUACCACAGAGCCAGUUUCUUCCUACCCAGGAUACAUCCCUUCCUCAGAGGCUAACAGCCCAAGCCAUCUGGCCAGCACUGGUACGCCAGGCGCAGGUGUCCCCAGCAGUGGAAGAGGCGGAGGCACAAGCAGAGACACAUUUCAAAAUGUUCCCCCCAAUUCAACCACCAUGAGCCUGAGCAUGAGGGAAGAUGCGACCAUCCUGCCCAGCCCCACGUCAGAGACUGUGCUCACUGUGGCUGCAUUUGGUGUUAUCAGCUUCAUUGUCAUCCUGGUGGUUGUUGUGAUUGUCCUAGUCGGUGUGGUCAGCCUGAGGUUCAAGUGUCGGAAGAGCAAGGAGUCUGAAGAUCCCCAGAAACCUGGGAGUUCAGGGCUGUCUGAAAGCUGCUCCACAGCCAAUGGAGAGAAAGAUCGCAUCACCCUUAUCUCCAUGAAGAACAUCAACAUGAAUAAUGGCAAACAAAGUCUCUCAGCAGAGAAGGUUCUUUAAAAGCAACUUUGGGUCCCCAUGAGUCCAAGGAUGAUGCAGCUGCCCUGUGACUACAAGGAGGAAGAGAUGGAAUUAGUAGAGGCAAUGAACCACAUGUAAAUUAUUUUAUUGUUUCAUGUCUGCUCCCAGAUCUAAAGGACACUAGCAUUGCCCCAGAUCUGGGAGCAAGCUACCAAUAGGGGAGACACUUUCCUAUAUGGACAACUGCUGUGGAAAUACUGCCUGCUUCUCCCACCUUCUCAGAGCCACAGGAAAGAGGAGGUGACAGAGCGAGAGCAAGGAAAGUGACGAGGUGGAUUGAUCCUUUCUACUUUGCAUUAAAAUUAUUUUCUAGCCUGCAGUCUAA